GUUGCAACUGCUCCUUCAAACGCUCGACCUACAGAUUGGACCAACAAGCGUUCACGGCCAUCAUAUUUGCCUUCAAUGAAUUCCGACCAGAAUCGCUUCAAAUUGUUUGGCAUUCAACUUAAUAACUUCAAAGGGUGUGAUGUUCAUGCCAUUAAGUCCGGGAGCAAGAACUUUCAAAAUUGGUUCUCAAACUGCGAAUCC